CCUGGUAUGGAAUGCAUUUCCUCUUUUUCUUUAGUAUAUGUUAAGUUUCUAGAAAUUGGUUGCUAUGACUAAUGAAAAGUUUACAGAAAUCAUGGUAUUGGAGUACAAAAAUGAUGUCAACUGAAAACUGCCUGGUUAAGGCAAUCUAUUCCUUUAAAGGAAAAAACAAUGAUGAACUAUGUUUCAAAAAAGGAGACAUUAUCACAGUUACACAAAGAGAGGAAGGUGGCUGGUGGGAAGGCACACUUGGCGAAACAACAGGAUGGUUUCCCAGUAAUUAUGUUACCGAGCAUAAAGACCCAUCAGGUUCACUAACAACAUCUCCUAUCAGGGCAGCAUCAGAAAUUCAAGCAUUUAGAAAUGUUGUUCUGAAAGACAUCAUUGAUUCGGAGAAAGCUCAUGUUGCUGAGAUGCAAGGCCUUGUCACUAACUUCUUACAGCCUUUAGAGAAGAGUGAAAUGCUAACUAAAGACGAGUUCAAACAGCUGACAGGGAACAUAAAUGAAGUUUUGCAAACUCAUGAACAAUUCCUAGUUCUGCUUGAAGAGUGCGCAACAAAAACAGGACCAGACCAAAGGGUGGGAGGACUGUUCCUGCAAUGGGCGCCAAAGAUCAAAGCUGUUCACCAGACAUAUUGUGCGGGUCAUCCUAAAGCUGUGUGCAUACUUGAUAAAUAUAAGGAAGGUUUAAACACAUGGAUGGAGAAUGCAGGUGCUGUAUGUCCCGGAGUGCUUGUGUUAACAGCUGGCUUGUCUAAACCUUUCCGCCGCCUUGGGAAGUACCCGGCCAUGCUGCAGGAGUUGGCAAGGCAUGUUCAUGAAGCUCACCCAGAUAGGGGGGACACACAUAGAGCAUCUGUAGUCUACAAAGAUAUUGCAAGUGGAUGUGCUGCUUUACGGCGUCAAAAGGAGUUAGAGCUUCAAGUAGUGACUGGUGAAGUCCGUGGAUGGCCGGGUGGUGAGCUGACAUCACUGGGAGAUGUACUGCACAUGGGAAGUGUUGCAGUGGGUCCCUCACAUCAGGACAGAUACCUUGUCCUCUUUCCAUCAGCUUUACUACUACUUUCAGUUAGCAAAAGAGUAUCGGCAUUUGUAUAUGAGGGUUGUCUUCCAUUGACUGGUAUAACAGUCUGUAAACUCGAUGAUACGGAUACAAGAAAAAAUGCAUUUGAGAUAAGUGGUCCUAUGAUAGAUACGAUAGUAGCGGUGUGUCAGACCCGCGCUGAAGCCGACAACUGGGUCAGUUUGCUGCAGAAACAUUCUAAUACAAGCAGCCCUUCCCACGAGCCAGGACAACCGCAGUCUUUGCCACAAAUGGCCAUGAGCGACAGCAGUAACGAGUUGGCUUCGGGUCUCAGCAGUCACAAAAGAUCACAUUCAUUCAACAAUCACCAAAGCUACACACAACAUAGUCAACAAACGCAAAAGAGCAAGCACAAGAACCAAUCCGCGCGCUGGCUACUCAACUCUUGCGACUCUCUCGACCAAUCGCCUGCUAAAUCUAACAAAGCUCCUAUUGGAAAGAAAUAUUCUUCGAUCGACUUUAUUGACACUACGGACGCUUGUCAUUUAAACAAAGGGUGGAGUAUAACAUGCUUACGUCCCGCGCCUCCGCUGCGGCCGCAGUCGUUCAGUGCGGGCUCUGAGGAGAACAUCGGACCGACACACCCGUACGCGCCGCACCAGCGCAAAUCCAACUCCUAUGAGGAGGACGCUCUCAUACUGAAGGUGAUCGAGGCUUACUGCACCUCGGCCCGGUGUAGGAACGCCGUCAGUUCCGUGGACUGCGGCCACUUUUCUCUCGGUAAAGUACAGUAUCACGCACUCGCCACUAACAGCCCCCACCAUAACUACACCAAACAGCCGGUCGCGCAGAGGAGCGCCACGCCCGACUACAUCGGCUGCAGCAAGGCGUCCAAAGUGAAGCGAAACAAAAGCUCAUCGGCCGCGGACGCGUAUCUGUACCGCGCGCCCGACACGCGACGUCUGCUCGCCGACAGAAAGAUGCAGAUGAACCGCUCCAACCCCAAUUUGUGGGAAUGCUCGGAGGAGCGCGACCGAAGACAGAGGUUGCAAAGCGGCCGCGAAUGUAAACACCUCGUCUCAUUGACUAAUCUUGUUUGUUUUUCUAUAGAUAUUAUUUAUGGAGGUGUUAGAAGCAGUAAUAUGUUAGUCUGA